AUGUGUACGAGUACUUCGUCAACAAUUGGAAAUCUUUCUGUGCCCUUGGCGAUGGGAAAAAAUGAGAUCGAUGGAUUUAUCGCUGUCUAUCCAGAUGUUGUAAGAGAUCUUACGGUGUUUGGAAAUAAUAACGCAAGCAAAAUGGCUGCAGACUGGUUCGAGAAGGCUCUAAACUACAAUUUGUCACCAACCAAUACGAAAAAUAGUGUAAUUACCGUUUUGACGUACAAAAAUUUAAUGAAAGGCGAUCAACUCACUGCGGAAAACUUAAGAUUGGCGCAUUUGCUUGACUGGUGCCGUGAAUUGCUUCACUCUGUCAUCCUCAUCACUGAUGAUAUCAUAGACAAAGGCAUAAAACGUCGGGGUCAGUUGUGUUGGUAUAAAUUGGAAGACGUUGGUUUCAAUGCAGUGAACGAUGCGCUCAUGAUUGAAAAUGGCAUCUAUAAACUACUAAAAAAACAUUUCCGUCAUUUAGACUGCUAUGUUGAUCUGGUCGAAUUGUUUUGUCAAAGUAUCUUUAAAUAUAUGACUGGGCAGUCAAUGGAUAUGCUUGCCGGUGGAAGGAGUGUGACCACUUUCACCAGAGACUUAUACGAUGAAAUUGUAAAGACCAAAACUGCCAGCUACUAUUUCUAUUUACCCAUGGCCGUGGCUUUACAUUUGGCGAAUGUUAAAGACCAAAAAGUUUUCAGCGAAUGUGAAGCCAUUGCAAUUGAGUUAGGUAAUUUCUAUCAAAUACAAAAUGAUUUCCUCGAUUGCUUUGCUAGUCCUGACUUCACUGCUAAGAUAGGCACAGACAUAGAGGCCAAUAAGUGCACCUGGUUGGCUGUGGCGUGCAUGGAACUAGCCAACCCGGAACAAAAGUCGCUCAUGGAGGAGUGUUAUGGGCAAAGUGAUCCACAGAAGAUCGCGCGUGUUAAGCGGCUCUACGAAGAACUGAAUAUACCCAGCCUCUAUGCCAAACACGAGGAAGAAACAUACAACAGGAUAAAAAUACUUAUUCAACAGGCAUCGGUUAAGAUGCCACGUGAAGCCUUACAAGAAAUUCUUAACGCAGUUAAUCGAAGAGGAAUUAUAUAA